AUGCGCUGUUACCAUUCUCUCCCCUUUCUAGCUUCUGCGCUUGUAGCCCCAGCUUUUGCUGGACCUGGCCAAAAUCUUGAAGCCAUCUGCAAGUCCACCGAAGGCGUAUAUGGAUGCGAUGAGUACAUCAAAGUCCCAUUUGGCUCGGAGCCUAUCACGACAUGUUUCGACACAAGCCCUUGUGGUGUCCAGAUUCUGACCAACAACCGGAACAUCUGCGACCUUGUUGAGGAGGCCUUACCAAGCGAUGCAAACUACAUCGGCGGAUACACUGCCUGGUGUCAUCGAGCCCCAGAUGCUUUGACUGCCAUCAAGACCGAUAGGUCCGUCUGGGUGGAUGGAAAGCUCAAAGGCGCCAAAUAUAUCCCUUUAGCCCGCGCGUUAAACAUUGAGGAGGCAAGUGAUGCCUCUGUCCUGGCUAACCAACUCGCGAACAAAGAUGGAUGGUUUAUUCUCAAAGGUGGAGAGAUUACUACACCAAACUACUUUGACUUGGUCGAGCGCCUCACCAACCUUCAGACCUGCGAAGCGAGUGAUUGCGGGGAAAUAUCAUUCCAAAAAGUGAUGGACUGGUUCGAGGAAUGGAUUUCUAGUGGUACCGAGAUCAGAAGCGGCAAGCUUCCCACCAUGCUCAAGGAUUGGCAAAAGACCUUUGCGACACCGUACAAGAACAGGAUCUCUGCCAUCAAGAAUGGAGCCACCACUGUACAGACACGUGUCAAGACCGUUUCUACCAAGGUUGAUUCAAUCAAAAAAAGCAUUUGUGCAAAGAACGCAUGCACUGGGAAGACUGCUUCGACGUAUCUCAAGAAUGUUGCAACUACUCUCCAAGCUAUAAAGGCCCUUUCCAACAUCGCUGCUGUCGCAACUGAUGCAGAUGAGCAGCGAAAGUACAUUUACUACAACUUUGUCGGCAACAUUCAGGACUUUUUCAAGCUCCCUCCCGAUUUACUCGUUCCAAACCAUCUCUUCGAGCUUCUUGAGGAUGGGAGGUUUGACACUCUUCGCGGCAUCAUGUAUGGCUUUGGCACAAUUACCUCCGAGCUGUAUAUGUAUGCCAAUGACAUCAGGAGAAGCUUAGGACCUCUGAUCCACCUCACCAAGCACGAGACCAGAUCUCGCGAGGCGUUGAAGAAGGUCAACAACCAGCUCACUCCAAACUGGAAAACCAAUAAGGAACUCUCAAAGACUGCUUCGUCUCGCAAGGUCCGUGAUGGCUUUAUUCAGAUCCAGUCACUCCUCAAGAAGGAGCUCCAGGGCUCACUAACAACGCUUAUCAACGCCAUCGACGUCUUCGACAAUGACUUGACCAAGUUUCCUCUGAGACGCAACAGGAUGGAGGUUUCUUGGGGUGCUGCUCCUUAUGAUCGUUGGACCAACCUUCAAUUUAAGUACCCUUGCAGAAAGGAAGUCAUACAGACUUUCACCGAAGAAGGCUUUUCUGAGGACUUUACGUGGUCGACCUUUAGCCCCUGCACUUUCACUGCCCAGAAGGUCGAUUUACCCAAAGGCUGGAUUCCUUAUGUGAAGUAUCGGUUUGUUAAAGCAUGA